AAGAAACGUCCUUCAUUUUUAGUUGCUCGCUUCCGCGCACGCUCAAACUCCUCGCCGCCAACUCCGGCCAACUCGCCCUCGCUUCGAACUACAAUGCACCAGCCCUCCCCGCUCCCCCCUCACUAUUUCGCUAUUUUCGCCAUUUACGAGCCGAUCCUGACCACGCUAGGCUUUCUCGGUGCAUUACUAGAUCCUAAAAGCACUCAUGAUAACCAGGCGCCGUGGCCGAGCGGCCGUCCUCCAGACAGUUUCCCUCUCGCAACCAAGCUAACAAUCGUGCAGCUUGGUCAUGUCUCUGGCCUCCUUGGACUGUUGAAUGUCUGUCUGCUGUCCACAGCCCGAGCGCAUCUCAGCCUACAACCUGCGCUACAAGAAAAGAUUGUGUCGGCACUCCUCACGCCCUUGCUCGUGGGAGACAUUGUGCAUAUCUACCUUACCCUGUGGGCACUUGGCGACCACAGAUUUGACUUGAGGAACUGGAGCCCAAUGCUUGUAGUGACCAUUGUCGGUGGAAUUUCGCUGCUCAUCCCACGGUUAUGUUGGGUCCUCGGCAUCGCCCGUUACGUCGACAGCCGCGAUGGUCCCCCAAGUCCAAAGUCAUAA